UCUUGUGUUCUUCUUUCAAGAUUUAAUUUUAUUUUUUAUUGGUUGUGUCAAUUUUCACUGUGAUUGCUAUUAUAUCAACGUCCGAAAAAGAUGACCUGUAUUUGGAUCGCCUUUACCGUAACGGCAGUUCGCUUUGUCCUCUCUACGUCUUGAAACUUGCGUUGAUAUUAUGCGUAACCUUACAUGAUAAAUAUUUAGCAUAGUAUUACUAGAUUUCUGAUAAAUUGCCGCCAAGAUUCGAAAAAGGAACUUUAUUUUCUGGUUGAAAAGGAAUGUUAUUUUCCUAUUGAAAAAGGAACGCUUUUUCUUGUAUCUCACAAAAUUCGGAGCUAGCCACACUGAUUGGUUUUGUGCAGUCGUUGGAAAAUAGGUUUUGAAACUGCGCAUGCAGCUUGGUUUUGUACAACUGCUGGAAAUUCAGAAUUGUAACUGUCAGCGCAAAUUAUUCUCGUCCAUCUGCCAAAAAAUUGCCGACAAUGCUCCAGUUUCUGAAGCACAGCGUCUUCCCAAUUGAAGAGGCGGUGGUGAAAAUCCCGCUGUUCACCGGCGCUCACGACCCGCGCGCUUUUGCUACGUCAUGGAGGGACUCCUGCCGCAAGAAAACGAUACCAGAAGCCAGAAUCCUGAUGAAGCGAGUUACUCGAGCCAAAUUCUUCAUACGUCUGCCGUAUCAGCACUACUCAGGCUAUCGGCUGUUUGCGUCCCGAGAAUGCCUUGCUGCUACGUACUACUGCUUGGCUGCCAUCAACAAUAUUGGAAACUUGCCACCAAAUCAGGAUGAUGCAGUUGCCAUCAGUAACUGGCUGCAAAAACAAGAGGACUUCAUUGAAACCUCUAAUUUGUCAUACUUCGAAGAGCUCGAGUAUUUAUUGGCGAUUGUUUUCGAAUUGUUCGUACAAGAACGAUACUCGACAGGAUUGAAAGACGACUUCUUGCAAAUAAUGAUGAUUUUGCGCCACUUUUCAAAAUCCCUGUAUAAAAAGUCAAUGUACUGCCACGUGGAAAACCAUAGCUAUUUUUAUGAAAAUUGUAUGAAAAUGUCUCUUAUCUCACACGCCAUUUGUUACUUCAUGGAACUCUAUCUGACAAAAUUCAACUUUUCUGAUGAACAAACCGCUCCUCACCUUUUCAGUAUUGCAACUAUAACGAGAUGCGUGCUCGAGAUUAUCAAUAAAGUGAAAGAUGCACACGAAACAAUCAGCGAGUUCGUCAAAAAGAACAUACCACAUGAAUCUGAGAUUGGUGACGUAAAUUGGUGCAUUUAUAUAUGGGAUGCCAUUCGACGACUCGGUGGAAGAGAUCUCGAAAUUCCGUCCAACGAAAGACAUAAAAAAUGCUCGUGUUGCUCAUGGCUUUGCAAUGACCCCGCUCAAAUGUGUAUCACAAACUGUUGCGGCUUCGUUUGCAAGGACUGCAUCUCAGCUAUUGUGGAAAAUAAUUUGUCGUGCAUCAAAUGCAGGAAUAAUAUCAAAGCCUGGACGUCAAUUGAGGAAGUCAUCGCCUUCUCACAAGCCGAAACGAAACAUUCGAGACGACUCGACCGUCAAAACACAUUCCAAAAUGAGCAAGCGCAGAAUGAACCUCUUGAGAACGUCGGUAACAACGAGAACCUCGACAGAACCACGGUAUCGGAUGAAUCCCAAGACAGCCGUGAUGAUAUAGCAACGGACAAUCAUGUGUACAGUGAAGAUACCAGUCCUGGCUGCUCACCCUCUGAAAGUAGCCGAGAGGAUAGUGACGAUAACCGCUCUAAGAGAAUGACCUACCUUGAAAUAUACUCUCAAGAGGUGACCACUAAUCACUCAAGUGUUCAUGCCCCCAGUGCCAACGCAAGUGAUGCCACGAAUAGCAAUGGCAUUAAUGAUAAUCAGAACGUGCAAUCGGGAAACAGUCGAAAGAAAACGGUUGGAAACAACUUGGAAGUUUUGGACAGAGGUAGUUCAAAUAGAAAUGCCAUACAUGCGAGAUGCAAACCUGAGAAGAGCACCGUUGAAAGUGGUGGAGAAAUGUCUGAGGGCAGCUGUGGAGAGAGUUCAAUGGGUAUCGCUGGGCACGGUGGUUCAAUGGGUAUCACUAGACACGGUGGUUCAAUGGGUAUCUCUAGACACGGCGGGCCAGUGAGAAUAGCCGCCAGUCCUUUGGGUAUCACUAGGCACGGUAGUCCAGUGGGGCCAGUGGCUAUCGCUGGACGCAGUGGUUCAAUGGGUAUCGGUGGCCCGGUGGAGAUCGCUAGACAUAGCGGGCCAAUGGGUAUCGUUAGAUAUAGCGGGCCAAUGGGUAUCGCUAAUCAUAGCGGACCAAUGGGUAUCGCUGGACAUAGCGGGCCAAUGGGUAUCGCUAGACAUAGCGGGCCAAUGGGUAUCGCUAGACGUAGCGGGCCAAUGGGUAUCGCUAGACAUAGCGGGCCAGUGGGUAUUGCUCGACAUGGUCCAGCGGGAAAUACUCGACGCGGUCCAGCGGGGACCGCUGUGGACGGACCAAACCGCUCUGAAAUUAUUGUUAAAGAAGGCUUGCAGAAAAUUAUCGGCGACUUUUCGGCUUUCGCUGACAACACGAUGCUUAAUUGUGCUGGAAACCGUCUUGAACGAAUAACUGACUACAAGAGUGAGACCAUCGGAAAAUUUGUUCCUCAAAGUGCGGGCGAUGGAGGCGGAGGCAGUGGCGAAAACCGACGUGGAGACAUGACGGCUGGCAGCUCUGGAGGCAUGACGGCUGGCAGCUCUGGAGGCAUGACGGCUGGCAGCUCUGGAGGCAUGAUGGCUAGCAGCUCUGGAGGCAUGAUGGCUGGCAGCUCUGAAGGCAUGAUGGCUGGUAGUUCUGGAGGCAUGAUGGCUGGCAGCUCUGAAGGCAUGAUGGCUGGUAGUUCUGGAGGCAUGAUGGCUGGCAGCUCUGAAGGCAUGAUGGCUGGUAGUUCUGGAGGCAUGAUGGCUGGCAGCUCUGAAGGCAUGAUGGCUGGUAGUUCUGGAGGCAUGAUGGCUGGCAGCUCUGAAGGCAUGAUGGCUGGUAGUUCUGGAGGCAUGAUGGCUGGCAGCUCUGAAGGCAUGAUGGCUGGCAGCUCUGGAGGCAUGAUGGCUUCUUCGAGGCCUAAUCUUAGGGUUGGUCGCUCGGCUUCAAGAAGCAGGCGGCAUCAGGAGAAAAUUAGAGCUUCAUCAGAAAUUAGAAAAAGAGUUCUACGAAAGAUCAAGAAACCAAAGUCCGCGACUUACGGCGCCGGAUGCGUCAAGGCGUUCAAGGCGUCCAAGGCGUUCAAGGCGUCCAAGGUGUUCAAGGCGUCCAAGGCGCUCAUGGCGUCCAAGGCGUUCAAGGCGUUCAAGGCGUCCAAGGCGUUCAAUGCGUCCAAAUCAUUCAAGGCGUCCAAGGCGUCCAAGGCGUCCAAGGCGUUCAAGGCGUCCAAGGCGUUCAAGGCGUCCGAGGCGUUCAAGGCGUCCAAAUCAUUCAAGGCGUUCAAGGCGUUCAAGGCGUCCAAGGCGUCCAAGGCGACCAAGGCGUCCAAGGCGUCCAAGGCGUUCAAAUUGUUCAAGGCGCAAUACAUUUCAGAUGUCCAUCCUUUGAAGCUCAGAACGCACGCCAUUUCAGACGACCUAUAA